GCCGCGUACAGGUGCAGCCCGGGGGGGGGGCGGCAAGUUCCCUUCCGAAGAGGCAGCGCGCUGGAAGCGCCCGGCCGGAGCCAGGUGGCUGGAGACUCGCGGGAGGCAGCCGGGGAGGAGCUGGUUGGAGAGGAGGUGGAGGGAGCAGGGAGGGCCGAGGGAGGCUGCUAAGCUCUCAGGGAGAGCUGAGGUCCCCGCACACUCGCCCAGCGCCGCUCUCCGGCUCUGCCCUUUGGUGGCACAGCGCUGGGGGGGACCCAAACCCCGCAGCCGUGGCGGAACUGCGAAGGAGACGGAGCUGGGCAGCGCCGCUGUGGACGCAUUUUUCCACGCUGAUCCCCCAGUAGCUCCCCUGUCAAUCCCCCUCCGCAAAUCCCUGAGGCGGAUGCAGCCCCGGAGCCCCCAUCACGCACUAGGCGCCGAGGCUGUGAGCAGCAGAGGCGAGACGCCACCCACCCGCCAGGCACCAGAAAGUUUCGCAGCUCCGUGAGCGUGGCGGCAAACUCCCCUGCAUCCCCUUCUUCUGCUGGGCGCUUGGGGCUCCCUCGGUGCGUCUCUGGGGGCGAGGCGCGGGCCCCGGGUGCGGGACCAGGGCGCUGUUUGUUCUCCUCCGCCCGUCCCAGCUGUUGCUGGGGGGAAGCCGCAGCAGCCAUGGAGCCCGAGACGAUUGCGAUCCUCUUCCUGAACCAGAGCGAAGGGCCCCCCUGGGGGGAAUUCAACCUCUCGGGGCUCUCGGAGGAGGAGCAGGACCCCAAGCCCCUCUUCGGCAUCGGCAUCGAGAACUUCCUCACCCUGAUCGUCUUCGGCGUGAUCUUCGCCUUGGGGGUGCUGGGCAACUCGCUGGUGAUCACGGUGCUGGCCAGGAGCAAGCCGGGCAAGCCCCGCAGCACCACCAACAUCUUCAUCCUCAACCUGAGCAUCGCCGACCUGGCCUACCUGCUCUUCUGCAUCCCCUUCCAGUCCACGGUCUACGUGCUGCCCACCUGGGUGCUGGGCGCCGUCAUCUGCAAGUUCAUCCACUACUUCUUCACCGUCUCCAUGCUGGUCAGCAUCUUCACCCUCUCCGCCAUGUCGGUGGACCGCUACCUGGCCAUCGUGCACUCUCGCCGCGCCUCCGUCCUGCGGGUCUCCCGCAACGCGCUGCUGGGCGUGGGGCUCAUCUGGGCGCUCUCCAUCGCCAUGGCCUCGCCCGUCGCGCACCACCAGCGCCUCUUCCACCGGGACGCCAGCAACCAGACCUUUUGCUGGGAGCAGUGGCCCAACCCCCAGCACAAGAAGGUCUACGUGGUCUGCACCUUCGUCUUUGGCUACCUGCUGCCGCUGCUGCUCAUCUCCUUCUGCUACGCCAAGGUUCUUAAUCAUCUGCAUAAAAAGCUGAGAAACAUGUCAAAGAAGUCAGAAGCAUCCAAGAAGAAGACAGCCCAGACUGUGCUGGUGGUGGUGGUGGUUUUUGGCAUAUCUUGGCUGCCACAUCAUGUGAUCCACCUCUGGGCUGAAUUUGGAGUUUUCCCACUGACUCAAGCUUCAUUUCUCUUCAGAGUAACAGCGCACUGCCUGGCUUACAGCAAUUCUUCUGUAAAUCCUAUUAUAUACGCAUUCCUCUCUGAAAAUUUUAGGAAAGCCUACAAACAAGUCUUCAAAUGCCAGAUAGGUAAUGAAUCGCCUCUGAAUGAUGUUAAAGAAAGUAAAAGUCGGAUAGAUACACCACCGUCUACCAAUUGUACUCAUGUGUGAGCAACAAUUAAAAAAAAAUCCCGUCAUGUUGGGUUUUCAUAUGUGUGGACUAGAUGUCUAGAAAAAGCACAGUGAGCUCCUAAAAAGAGCUGCAGCUUCAGCUUCAGCUUGAUAAUUGUUAGAAUUAAAAAAUUCAGUUUCCUUACAUUUACCAGAUAACUGUGGCCAUUCUUAAUAUUCGACAUCUUUGUCUAGCAUGGUUCAAAUGAAGAUCUGUCCUUUGAAAGAUGUUCCAGAAAAAGUGGGUAAUGGUAUGUCAGUACUAGCCCUCUUAUUAAUUUAGUAGGAAAGCUAAUAACUUUCUAUUUAUAAAUAUUGACAUACAGCAUAUUCCAAUUGCGCCUAUACUUAACACAGAAUGCAAUUGUACAAUUUCUAAUCCAGUUCU